AUGGCACAACCUACUACCCAACUCCUAUCCAUAGUCCAGAAACAUUUGGAUCUUCCUCAAGAUGAUGAAAAUGUGGUGCUAAUUGCAAAGUUCUUAGUGAACUUGCAUGGAAACUCGACACUUGAGGAGUUUAAAAAAGUUGUCAAAGAAAAUGGAGGUGACGAAUUUGAAGAUGAGUUUAUAAAAGAAGUUUACAACGAAAUAUCACCGCCACCACCACAGGUGGGCAAAAUAUAUUCUGGUGUAGUACAAAGCGUGACCAACUACGGGGCCUUUAUCAAGAUAGAAGGUACAUCGGGUCUAUGCCACAUCUCACAAAUGUCAUUUGAUGGAUCAAGAGUUGAGUCUACCAACGUCCUAGCACCAAACCAAAAGGUAUUUGUAAAGGUCAUCGACAUUCAAACGCAUGCCAAUAGAAUAUCUUUAUCAAUGCGAGGAAUAAACCAGAAUACUGGACACGAAGAGCCCAUCCCACAACGGGGAAGACACCAAGAACGACAGCCCAGACCAAAACGAAAGUUGACUUCUCCAGAACGUUGGGAAAUACGCCAGCUCAUCAGUUCCGGCGCAGUAUCUGCAGACGACUACCCAGAGUUGGAUCAGGAAGAAGACACACAAACAGAAUCAGAAAAGACAGAUAAUUUACACAUCGAAUUGAACGAUAAGAAACCUGAUUUCUUAAAAGGUGUCAAAGUCACCAAGGACUUUCCCGAUACCACCCCCAUUCCCGUCAACCAGCUGGGACCACUAACCAAAUCAGCCCAGCGAGGAUCCAAGUUUGCCAGAGACUUUAAGGAAGAAAAGUUUAAACAGAAAAAGCAAAGGGAAAAAGAAGAAAAAAUACAGUCGGAAUUGUCAGAUCCAUUAUUUCAAACAUCAGAACCGGUAAAGAACUCCGACCUCGAUCCAGAUACUGAAUCAUUCAUCUCAAAAUGGAAGAAAUCAAACAAGACCGAAACGUUUGGGAAACGGACAAGUCUUCCAAUACAGGAACAGCGACGCAUGUUGCCUGUGUAUGCCAUGCGAUCACAAUUACUUGAGGCUAUACGCGAUAACCAGUUUGUAGUUAUUGUCGGAGAAACUGGUUCAGGGAAAACCACCCAAAUUGUUCAAUACAUCUACGAAGAGGGAAUGAACAAGGUCGGUGGACAGACCAAAUUGAUAGGGUGUACCCAACCAAGAAGAGUUGCUGCAGAGUCGGUGGCGAAAAGGGUGUCAGAAGAAGUUGGCUGCAAGCUUGGAGAUACUGUUGGUUACACCAUUAGGUUUGAAGAUGUAACCAGUGAAAACACCGUAAUCAAAUACAUGACCGAUGGUAUGUUGGAACGUGAGGCAUUGAAUGACCCAAAUAUGAACCGGUACUCAGUAAUCAUGCUAGAUGAAGCCCACGAAAGAACCAUUGCCACUGAUGUUUUAUUUGCGUUGUUAAAAAAUGCCGCCAAACAAAACCCCAACUUAAAAGUAAUUGUCACUUCUGCAACCUUGGAUUCAAACAAAUUUUCCCGAUACUUUAACAACUGUCCAAUUAUAACCAUUCCAGGAAGGACGUUCCCGGUAGAGGUAUUGUACACCAAGGCACCAGAAAUGGAUUACCUUGCUGCAGCACUAGAGUCAGUCAUACAAAUCCACGUUUCAGAACCUGCGGGCGAUAUCCUAGUAUUCCUAACUGGUCAAGAGGAAAUCGAAACAAGCUGUGAGGCACUACAUGAGAGAAUGAAAUUGUUAGGCGAAAAUAUUCCUGAGCUAAUUAUCCUUCCUGUAUACUCAGCACUCCCUUCCGAAAUGCAAACACGUAUUUUUGAGCCAACUCCACCUGGUUCAAGAAAAGUGAUAUUGGCAACAAACAUCGCUGAGACGUCGAUCACUAUUGACGGAAUAUACUAUGUCGUUGACCCGGGGUUUGUUAAAAUUAACAUGUACGACUCCAAAUUGGGUAUGGAUUCAUUGAGGGUAACACCAAUCAGCAAGGCCCAGGCAAACCAGCGUAGUGGUAGAGCAGGGAGAACUGGUCCGGGGAAAUGUUAUAGAUUAUACACCGAACAAGCAUACGAAAAGGAAAUGAUACCAAACACUAUCCCAGAAAUACAGCGACAAAAUUUGUCGCACACCAUUUUAAUGUUGAAGGCAAUGGGCAUUCACGAUCUCGUAAACUUUGAAUUCAUGGACCCACCAUCUACCACCACCAUGCUUACUGCGCUAGAGGAUUUGUAUAUUCUUGAUGCAUUAGACGACGAUGGGAACUUGACAACUUUGGGAAGAAAAAUGGCAGAUUUACCGAUGGAGCCGGCACUAGCCAAAACAUUGAUCCAAUCCGUUGAAUACGAGUGCACGGAAGAGAUCUUGAGUAUUGUUGCCAUGUUGUCGGUGCAAACAAUAUUUUAUAGACCUAAAGAUAAACAGGCAUUGGCUGACCAACGGAAAAGUCGGUUCCACCACUCUUUGGGAGAUCACUUGACGUUGCUAAAUGUAUUUCAGCUGUGGUGCCGCAACAACUACAGCAAAACAUGGUGUCGGGACAAUUUCAUACAGGAAAGAAGUAUGCGUCGAGCUAUGGAGGUAAGAAAACAGUUAAAGCUGAUUAUGCAGCGGUUUGGAUACAAGACCAUGUCGUGUGGUAAUGACGUGGACCGGGUAAGGCGGACCUUCUGCUCAGGGUACUUUAAAAAUUCGGCCAAACGGCAAGAAGGCGAAGGGUACAAAACAUUAAAUGAAAACACAUUGGUAUAUUUGCACCCGUCUUCAUCUCUCUACGGCAAGAAACCACAGUAUGUUAUCUACCAUACAUUAUUGCUUACAUCAAAAGAGUAUAUGCAUUGUGUAUCGAUCAUAGACCCCAACUGGCUUUACGAACUUGCACCCAAAUACUUUAGACCCGCGGAUGCUAAAACCGUGCAAGAAAUCAAAAAGAAACAAAAAAUAGUGCCGUUAUUUUCUCGACAAAAGAAAGAUAAUUGGCGACUCAGUUCCCAUCGCCCAGCUAAAAGAAGAUAG